UGCGACCCAUUAUGCUGUAAAUGCGAAUAGUUAUUUUAGCUCGCAGUACUGACAAUUCCCCUGUCAGACGCUUGCAUUGUUAAAGACUGGAAAACUAGAUCAGGUACGUAUACUAAGCGAACGAAAUAAUGUUUUCCGGUUCUCGUCUCGUGCAGUACUGGUUGCUUUUGGUGAGUUUUUUAUCCUGACCCGCCAACUUCGCACGGACGGGACCCUACGGAAUUGGACGAAGCCGACUGGUUCUGCGAACUACAGUGGACGACGACUUACGUUGGAAGAAGUACACUUCGGCAAGCUGCGAAAGGAGAAAAUGGACAAAAUAACCUAAUCGCUUAGCCAAGCUAUUUACCCCACAUAAAAACCGGUAGGCGCUGCUUUCCCAAGCUCUCCUUUCGAAUAAUGGGAGCCAACUGCUCCACUUCAUGCGCACUGGGGUGCUACGUGUGUGUGAACAGGUGCCAGUUGGAUGAUGUACGGAAUCGCUUUAGUUUCCUGCCACCAGACCCAGCAUCCUAUGCGAUACGAUGGAAUGGGCGGACAGCCUCUCUAGAACUGGAGUUUCUCCUUCCAGAAUUAGAGGCACAUCCGAUCUAUUUAUGAUCGGAAAGUUGGCUACAGCCAAACGGUGGCAUUUGAGUCGCGAUGUAUGCGGAAAGAGAAUGCGUAAGAGGAUGAGAUAGAAGAACGAUCAUGGGCAUCGGGCUGGUGAGAUAGUCAAGAUCGUUCUUCUUUUCGGACGUAGCAUUCCAUCAACUUAAGCCAAUCAUGCACUUCUAGUGCCGCUGAUGGACUUCAAGUCAACAUUCUGUCUAGUAUCAUGCGCGUCCACCUACUUCUUACUUCAAAAUGAAAUCUUCAUACUCCCGGCGCGCACGUGGUCAGGCGAGGCUGUUUCAGUUGAAGACGGAGCGAGGAAAUCUGAUCGUGACAGCUUACAUACGGCCAGGAAGACGGGCGAUGCUGGGGCUAAGACCUCUCCAAAGUCCCCCAAUGCUCCAGCAAAUGGGCGAUGGUAAAGAUGGGAAGGAUUCAGGAGAAGGGCAAGGAGAAGGAGGGCAGGUUACGUUUUCAUUUUUGAAGCAUGUUUUGACCUUGACGGAAAUCAAAGCUGUUGUUCUGUUUCUAUUCUCAGAACAUGGAAGAAUGUAGAAGUACGAAAAGUAAGGAACAAGUUCGUUGUAGAAGUACGAAAAGCUAGGGGAAGCCUCUAAAGGGAGCGGCACGGGCUUUUCAGGGACGAAAUUAGUAGUACUGCACUGCCAUGGGAAUGCGACGGACAUUUAUGCUGAGGGUGUCUUUUUCCUUCGAUCUGUUUGCGGACUAUCCGCGUGUUUGUAGUUCCUUACAGCAUGUUUCCUUGGUAUUGCGUAUGCAGCCUUCUAACUUCUAGCGUUUUUCUUAUUUCUUUUCCAGCACCUCUAUCCAACAUGAUCUCAAUCUCUUUCAUUUCAUGGGCAUGAUGCUUCCUGUAUAUUGUGACUUGGCAGAGGCAUUAGACGUGGAUGUAUGUGCAGUGGAGUACAGUGGAUAUGGUCCGCCAAGGUACAGAUUUAGGUCGAAGGAGAAAGUAAUGCGUGAAAGCGGUGUUCCGAAGUCGCUGUUUGCGGAACAGGCGGGCGGCUCGUCUUCUUCUACAGCUUCGAACAAGAAGGAGAGACAUGAUGUGUAUGGACUGGUGGAGACAAAGUCGUGUCAUAUUUAUAUUUACAAGUAGUUAAUACUGUAGAUCUUGACAGGGGUAGUACUAUACUAUAACUUCGGUAUUCAUCAUCUCAUUUGUGGACUUACAACAACUAACAAUCUUCCCAGAGUAAAGAGAAAAAGAUUUUGAAUUUUUCAUUUAUCCGUAGAAGUAUUCAACGGCGUCGGCGUUGCGGACUCUGCUACAGUGGCGAAGGAGGUGGAUCCGGCAAGCCAUCCGAGAAGGGUACUCCUUACUAUGAUAGGAGUCUUGUAGAUCUUAUUAAUGUUUCGUUUGCGAAAACAACUCGAAAUUCUCUAAUAAAGUCUUUGCACGAGUUUUUUCUCAUCAGAACGUGUUUCUUCGUAGUUGCCGCACUACUCUCCACAUAACGCCAUCAUCAACAUGCACUCUCCAGAUAACGCCAUCAUUUCGACACGUAACAGCGGAUGCAUUAGCCGCAUACCGAUGGCUUGUAGACGAGCACGGGGUAGAUCCAAACCGAAUAAUACUCUACGGCCAGAGUGUAGGCACGGGGCCGAUACUAGACUUAGCGACGAAAGUUCCCUGUGCGGGAGUGGUGCUCCAUUCGGCGAUGCUGUACCUCCACUAUUCCAUUGGUUGUUAUUCCGAUUCUUAGAGUUGUACUAUCGUAAUAUUACAGGAGGAGCGAGCUUUACAUGAUCCUGAACCUUCCACAAUUACACUGCUACCAGCAGGUCGUGCACAAUUAGAAGUACUCGAGCAUCCUCUCACCUACAACUGACACCACUUUUCUUACCACAAGGUCGGCUAUGCCCAUUCUCUGCACUUAACCCACAAGGUCCGGCAUCCAAGUGCUUGAUCCCAAUCCACAAGGCGCAUGUAAACCAAGUUCGACUUUUCGGUGUGUGGAUCUCUUUCUCAAUGGCAGAAAUAUCCGGAAGCUAGGCGUGAAAACGCUUCUUAUAUUAUGAGCGACAUAAAAACUCACUGCACCACCUCAUGCUAGGCACAUUCACUCACUCAUUCAUUCACUCUCUCACAGAAGUGGUAACCUCGUGAAGGGUGGCGACGAUAUUCUAAGCAAUCCUUGACUUUUUUUUGAAAAUGCUCUAAGAAUCCAUGGCAGAGCAGACCGCGUGGUGCCAUUUGAGCAUAGUCGCAAGCUGUUCGAACUGAUUCCAGAGGAUGAUAGGUACUGUUGGUUAUGUUUUUGUUUCACUAGUAUAGUGCUUUGGCUCAAGUUCGAGCUCUGUCUUGUUCCGGGAGAACUUGUGAAGGUAGUUCUGUCUUGUUCCGUGAUAAUGAGGUAAUAUAGCGUCGCACUUUUCAAAGCAGAAUGAAAGGCAAAAGAGCGUGCUUUUCUUCUUGUGGGAUUCCUUGCGUAGCUGUCGGUUUGGGGCAAAAGAAUAAGUAAGAGGAUAAGAUAGAAGAACGGUCACGACGAGUAUCGGUGAGUGUGUAAUGGGCUGGUGAGCUGAACCAGAUCUUUCUUCUUUUCGUUGAGUAGUGUGUCGUCAGAGCUAAUGUAUGAGAGCGUUUGUUUCGGGGAGAGGACUGCUACGAAGAAGUUUUGUGGGUUAAUCUUCUGAUGAUGAUGCCUGUACUCCCUGCUCUUUUUCUUUCAUGUGCUAUAGUGAAUUGUCAGUUCUUGGUUCGAGGAUGGUCUGUUCAACGUAGUACGAUGAAAUGCAUAUUGACCCAUUGUCUGUAGAAGUGGUGAACUUCGUUUCACAGUCGAGAUGGUUCCAGUGCAUGUGUGAUUUGUUGGUUUCGAGAAGAUGUCGUACGCAAAAAGUCUGUGAAAAUCACAGUUGCUCCGAUUGUUGCUACGAUUGUUGUUGAGAGACUUGUGACUGAGCGACGAGACGGAGCGACUAUCUUGAUGUUUGUUAGAUUGGCGUUGGCAUGCUGAGUCGUCCUUGGAGGAGGUGUGCGUGGCAGUGGACUUUAAAUCAAUCGUGAGUUAUCUUUUUAUUCGAUCUAGGGUUUAUCAGUGAUCAGUUUCUGCAUAUCAGAUAGUAGACCGAAGCUAGAAGAUCGAUUCCUGAUCGACGCGCAAGAUCAAGAUAAUGGAGAGACUUCGAAACACCGUAUUAGAAAAGAACAAGGAUUCUGCUCUUCAAAACAGGUCAGGAGUUGUUCGCGCACUCCUCCACUAUUUCUUUUGACUCAAUUGUCUCACUUUUUCUAUGUAUAUGGUUUAGGGUUUUCUUAUUCCUCUGUUUCCUAGUCGUAACUUGUGAUAGAAUGAAAGAUUUAUCGAUAGUACUAGUUACCAGUCAGCAAACGAGAACACUCCAUAUCCAUAACGACUGUUCAUAACCACUACUGCGCUUCAAUAUCUAUGCCUGUUGUCACAACCGAAGAUCCCUUGUUUGGGUUGUGUGUCUAAGUAGUUUUCUCAGUUUAUUCUUUGAGUCUUGUCUUUUUUUCCUGUGGCUCUCUCAUGAUAGUUUGGUGCUCAAUCCACCACGACGACUCCACCACUGCGUUUUCACCGUGAUGACGAUUUUACCACAACGACUCCGCAAUUGCGCUUCUACCACGGCAAUUUUACCAUGACGGCGAUUUUACCACUUCGGGUUACAUCACGGCGAUUUUACCAUGACGCUUUCAUGAUGACGCUUUGAUCACAACUCUUACAUCGUUGUCGCUUUUUACAUCGUUGCCGGUCGGUGCACUAUGGAAAAAAAAACACCUGGGACUCUGGCUCGAUCGAGGUCCCUGAACUUGCACUUGAGUGGAAGAACUUCUUUAGGGAGAUGAAGUCGCUCUUCACGGUCGCGUCGACAUUCUAGUGAACAGGGAUAGUCUGAUGCCGCAAUGUUUCACCUGGGUCUGCGUAGUUGCUUACCCCGCGCAGAAGAAGGCAGCAAGAUCUACGAGACUGGUUGCCCACGAGGAACCACUGGCCGAAGAUUCAGAUUAUUAAGACUGCGCUACCGAACUUGCAUCCCACUGCGGCAUCAUUUUUGGCUUUGUAUUUCGACUACGUGUUAAUUGGACGUAGAGGCGUCAAAGCCAAAGAUGAUGUGCUGGUCAAGGAUGGCAAUUUGAUAGCUCCAAAGAUUGACAGUUGUUUCAUCACCUAGAUUUCACGCAUACGAGAUCUGUUGAAGGAUGCUGAUGUUUCUGUUUCAAUGUCGACUGCAUUUGAAUUCUUUAGUCGAUGCUCGACAUUAAUAGAUGUUGAUGUUUUUUUUCUGAGGGAAUUUGAGAGAUAUUUUCGGUCGAGUCGUUCGGUUGUGCCUAGGAUGAUAGCGAUAGUUCUUGCGGAUUAGGUAGCUCGAUUGCUGUGCGUGGAGAAGGCCUUUUUUAGAUAUGAAGAGAGUAGUUAAGUGCUGUUGCUGUGGUUGAGGCGAGCGAUUUUAUUUCCAAGAGAUAAGAGAGCAAGUGAUGACACUUUGUUCCCUAUGUACGUGAGCAGGGCUUAAAGAUCAUGCGGAGUUUGUCGAUCAUGUAAAUGAUUGAUCGUACGCACAUCAAAAUGCAAUACAAGAACACAGAACAAGUAGACAACGAACCUCGCCACUAAAAAACAGGCAUGAGUUUUGAUUUUACAACAGCCGUACGGGCGGACAUUUUUUUGUCGACAACCGCAGAGCCACCCUCCCUGCUCUUUCCAAUAAAGCUGUAUCUUGUUAAUACUGGCUUGGUGUAGUCUCUGUUUAGUCGGCAUAGUAAAGGAAAUACUGUGUAGUCUCUGUUUUCAUCUUUACUUGAUUAAGUACCUCAUUCACUUCUCGGAGGUCGUUUCAAGUAGUGAUGGUCCGAUAGAAGUUCCCACCUUCGUUAGUAUAAAUCUUGUUGUAAGGAGGUAAUCGAUGUCUAUUUUCUUGAUGGCAAGUAGGUCUCGUACUUGCCUCAAGGACGAUAGAAUUGCGAAAUUCAUCCGUGUUGUUGAACCCGAAAAGAUCAAAAAUCGACCGCUCGUUCUAUUGAGUGCUGAGAGUUGUAGAAAUGUAUGGGCUCUUCUUCGCACCAGUUGUGUAGUUCAGCAAAUGUCGCAAAACAAGAAGAUCCAACUCUUUGAUAAAAGUUCGCAAGAAUUAUCCCGCUACUUAAAAUGUUGAGUACUUCUUGCUUGUCGUUGGUUUUGUUUGUUCAUGAUGAUGAAGCAUGAGAUCGUUGUACUUGCAAUGAAAUGAAGGUCGACGUAAACGCAAUCUCCAUCUUUUCUCUAUGAAUGGCAGUCUGGGAGGAUGAGUAACUAGAACCUUCUUCUCGUAUUGGGUCAAAUACUGAGUGCGACUCGAUGCUGACAUCUUCGUACAAGAUUAGAGAUGUCAACAUCCGUUGCUCACGACAAUUUUUCAUGGUAGAAGCACCACAUCAAUCAAAUAUGACUUUGGAGAAGAUAAAAAGAUCCGAAAUUGUCAUGGCCAGAAAGUGUCAUGUCUAAAUACCUGCAAUCAACAAGAACAUUUAGGUAGAAAAUCGUUUGAAGCAGUUCCACAGCUUCUUGUAGUUCUUUUCUUGUAUCAAAGCAAGAACAAAGGUCCUUUUUUGCGUGAGGAGCAAACUUACAUCUGCUCUCUGCGCUACGUCGUGGUGGGCUCUGCAAAUUGCGUGUCGACGUCUUCUACUUCCUUCUUCCCUUAAAUCUAGAAGGACAGCAAGUCUACGGCGUCGAUUCCAUGACCACGUCCAAACAUCAACAUGCUUGUUGCGACGCAGCGACGAUGAGAUCAGCAGUGAUGAAAGAUCAACAAAAAUCUUGUUAUGCGAAAGAAAAUUGUAAAUUCACUUUGAACCACCUCCAGCUCUGCUGCAUCUCUAAGGACAACAACAUCUCUCUUAAUAUCUCCAGAUAACAUUCUGAUAAAACAGAUUGGAAUAAUUCAACAUCGCUUUUGUCCAUCUCCAUCUUCCCCUCACGUGAUACGAUUGUUUGAAAAAAUCCUGGUGUGCUAUAGUGUGUCUGUAAAAAUAAAUGUAUUGUUUAUAAGCAUCAGUAGGGAAUCGACAUGAAAAACUCACUGCGCCACCUCAUGCGAGGUACACUCAUUCACUCACUUAGUAGCUACUAUAAUCACAUAGUUGGACUCUAAUGGCGAAGAAGAACCGGCGAUACACUUCUUCUGCCACUUGACCGCAGUGAGGCCUCGAUGCGACAACAUCUACGUCUAGGAGUGCCAGUUCGUCUAGGAGUGGACUUCGACUUCGACAUGAUCUUCUUGUAGCACAUGCCCAGUAAAUUAGCACUCCUGCGAGCCUUUGGGAGUUACGAGUUACGCUCCGCAGAAGACGACGUGUGAUAAGAAUCAAUAUUAAUGGACGUAUCGCGAACUGAUGUUGUUUUUCUGAAGUUCGAUAAGUAUUUCAAUUUAGUUAGUAAGUUUCAUCAAUGUCGUGAUUGAACGCUGUGCAUACGAUGUGGUUGAAAGCUUGGAUGAUUUUCUGAAUGAUUCCAUUUCCGUUCUCGUGAUUGUUUCACAUUGCACUAAAAAAGAUGUCUAAUUCGUUGUUCAGAGUUUGGUCGUGUCACCAGAUCAUGAUAUUAUCCUCAUCAAACAAUUGAAGUGCUGUGUUGAAUAAUGGUUUGUUGCAGUACUACGACUGAGUUAGACUAUAAAAUUGCUUGAUUAGAAUUAGAUAUUCAAUAUAACAGUUGCGUAGAAAAUUCCAACCAUCAAGCCGUAGCGCCUGUACUAAAAGUAGUAGUUUAAAGAGUAGUUUCAUUUUUUUCAUUGCUUGUUGUUCUCUCUUGUUGGUGGGGUUUCGCAGCCCAGCAGCUGUCGAGCCCGUUGUCCAGGUGGCCUCUUUCUCUGUGUGCUUUUCUCUCUCUCUCGCUUUUAUGAAGAAAAAAAAGAAUCCCCAAGAAGAAGCGGCGGCAGGGCGAAUAGGUGGAGGCGAAAGGAGGAGCAGCAUGAAUGUCUAAGAAGAUAAGCGGCGGCGUUCUACUUUCUCUCGUCGUUUCAUCACAUUACGACGAUGAGAGAACCGCGACCUUUAAGGUUUUAUUGUGAGAAGGAAAAGAUCCACAUCUAUAAAUAGGAUACGAAUGACGAGAAGAAUCCCUCUGUCCCUAGUUCUUGCAAAUGUCGACGAAAUACUGGCACCAGAGCACCUGCAGAGCAUCAAAAAAACCUCUACUUCUGGCUGCGUUUGACAUCGGUCGGCGGCAUAAGAUCAACCUGCUCGCUAACUCUGACUCACCUUCUCCUUCUUUGAGCAAAUUUCUUUUGUUUCACCAUUUAAAUGACGCUCGUUCUGCUUUGUAACUAAGCGUACUAGAUACCUAGUUUUACUGGAACAUUAUUAGCGCGAGUAUCCUAAAAUCUAUUACUGCUUGGAAUCUUCGAGGAGAAUCUUUCUGCGUCCGCCGAGUCGUGCAGUCGUUCUAGAGAUCCAUCAGCUUUCGGAGAUCGCAAAUAGCAUAUGCGUGGAGACUUCAUCUAGAGUUUAUGCGUCACCACAACAAGUUGAUCCUGAGUUGAGAAAAUAAAAGCGGGAAGAUUCUUUAUGACUACGAGUAACUCAUCUCUGUAACUGUAAGGACUAAAAGUCUUCGAUUAAGUAAAGACUGGACUCCAGAGGGACGUGUAGCCCUCCUAUGGAGAUCCAAAAAAUCAUCACAUCUUUAACUGCCUGGGUUGGGGGUAUAUGAGGGGUGAAGGCAGCCCUCUGUUGUAUUUCACAUCUCAAUUCUUUCAGACAGCUUUUCCUCUUUGAUUAAUGUACUGGCUUCCUCUCCGAGUGGAAAUGAAGAACUGUAAGUACUGUGAAUCACACUUGCACCACCUCCCACGACUACUUUCUUGUUGACAAGAACUCUCCUAUUUCUUCUGUCUCAAAAAGAAAAAAGACUCUCAAAAAAAAGUAAAAAUGUUGGACCACAUCCGUAUCAUCUUCUCUCUCCGUUCAAUUUUACUUUGAUCGGGUUUCUUGUCAAACUUCACAAGUUGUUGAAUUUGUUUGUCAUUGUUUCAGAUUCAGUGUGAUUUUCUGUUUCAAAUUCAGGAAUUAAGUAGGCUUGUCGGGCAAAUACCUCUUGUUAGGCACAUUCAUUCUCUUUCCUUGUUUUUGCCUCUCUACCAUCAAUCAAUCAAAGCACCGACCACGAGGAGCAGCUGGUAUUACCUGAAGCACAUUUGCCAGGAGGAUAAGCGGGAAAACGGCUCCUCGUGCAUCUUCUAGUUCGACGAGUUCAUUCAGUUCGACUUCAUGCGCGUUGACGCAUCACAUGCAAGACGACUAUCCCAACUACCUCUUAUUCUUCUCCUGAAUCAGUAGGUAUCCUCCGUAUUUUCCGCAACAAGCUGGUCACAAUGAUUUAGUGGAAGUUAAUCCGUUUGGGUAUUUUCAAGCGUUAGCACGUUUCUUUUCAACCGUUAUCCCCGAUUAUGCAAAAAAACCUGGAGGAGGAUCAGGGGCCGGACAGCUGGUAAUUUGAUUUGAAGACUAAUUUUAGGGUAUGAUGUCCUGAGUAACUGAACUUGAACGUGAAAAAAAUUUCCAUUUUUGUCCUGAUCCACGCAACGAAAUUUCUAUUUUUAUGCUGAUCCAUGCAACGUGAUAUUCAUCACUCUUUCUCACAUAGGAAAGUACCUAAUGGUAUCAACCUUUCUUUUCUACUUUUUGUUUUUCAUUCAAACUCAAUCGUUCUCCAUCAUGACAAACGACUCCUUGUUUUCAAUCUCAGACCACCUUGGAAGAGCCAUUAGUGGAUACUAUGCGUGGUGGAACGGCUGGGCCUGAGGAUGGGCGUUAUGAGGAUAUGCGAGGUGGUGCGGCUCAACAGGGCUUGCGCAAGGUCGAUAAAGCUGCUGCUAACUAG